AUGAUUAAUCAAGAUAGAUCACAAAGUAAUUUUCUAAAAGAGGAUUCACAUUUACCAGUUGAAACUAUACUAUACUAAGGAAAGAAAUACGUUCCAUUCUUCCUUGGGGGCUCAUAGGGAUAUUAUACAGAUUAAUAACCUAUACCUCCUUAUGAUGCAUUCGAUAUGAUUUUAGAAGUGUUAGCAAUUAUAGAAUUAAUAUUGAUGUGGGUGUUCUUUGCUCAAUUGUACAAUUAACUUGAUUUAGUGAUUCCAGUGUUUUAUAAUGCAUUGGGAGAAUAGACAGCAACCGGCGAUAAAAUUAUUUUGUUAGCAAUCCCAACUCUUGGCACAUUUUUUUUUGUUUUAUUAACUAUAUUAUCAUUAAUAACUAAUAGAUUUUAGUAUGAUUUAUAAGUGACUCCAGAAAAUUCAAGGAUUGUAUUUUCAAAUACUCGAAAAUUAAUUCUUGUAUUCAAAGUGAUUACAAUUGGAUUGUAUUAUUUUAAAAUGAGUUUAGGUUUAUAUUUUUGA